AAAAACAGCCUUGCGGGAGAUGCCAAAAGGCCUCCUUGCUCCCCUUAGCUUUUAAUUUUAUGAUCAUUUUUUUGAUUUUUAUUAAGAAAGAACCACUUUUUUAUUUUAUUUUUUAUUAAUUUUAGAGAAAUCAGUUGAAUCUUGAAUGUGGAUUCCGUCUUGUUCUUGUUCUGUUGUAAAUUUUUAAGCUUCCACGCAAUUUCCAGAUCGUGAUCGUAUCUGCUUGAUUCAGCAGGGAAAAAGGAGUUUGUAAUAGACAAUGGGGGUUAUUUCGAGACGGGUUUUGCCCGCCUGUGGCAGCCUGUGUUUCUUUUGUCCUUCGAUGAGGGCGAGAUCAAGACAGCCUGUUAAACGCUACAAGAAAUUUCUUGCUGAAAUCUUUCCUCGUAAUCAGGAGGCUGAACCAAACGAUAGGAAAAUUGGAAAGCUUUGUGAUUACGCUUCAAAGAAUCCAUUACGAAUUCCUAAGAUUACUGAGACAUUGGAGCAAAGAUUUUACAAGGAGUUGCGGCAUGAGAACUGUGGAUCUGUGAAAGUGGUUGCAUGCAUUUACAGGAAAUUGCAGUCCUCAUGUAAGGAGCAGAUGCCAUUGUUUGCCAGUAGUUUAUUGGGGAUAGUGCGGACACUUUUGGAAGAAACCAGGCAGGAUGAAAUGCGAAUUCUUGGUUGCAAUCUUCUUGUUGACUUUAUACAUAGUCAGACAGAUAGCACACACAUGUUCAACUUAGAAGGCCUCAUUCCUAAGCUUUGCCAGUUGGCUCAAGAAGUGGGUGAUGGUGAAAGGACUCUACGUUUACAUUCAGCUGGACUGCAAGCUUUAGCUUCCAUGGUGUCUUUCAUGGGUGAGCAUUCCCAUAUCUCAAUGGAGUUUGACAAUAUUAUAUCAGUCACUUUGGAGAACUACAUCGAUUCCCAGAAGAACCUAGAUAAUUCCAAGAGAGAUCAAUGGAUUCAGGGAGUGGUUAAUCCAGAAGACAAGGAUUCAUCAUUCCCAGAUAUUAGCAAGAAGGUUUCCUCGCAAAGCCAUAGUACCAAACUGGAGUUGGACCCCUCAAUGGAUACUUCUAGAAGUCCAUCUUACUGGUCUAGAGUCUGCUUACAUAACAUGGCUAGACUGGCAAAGGAAGCUACUACAGUACGGCGUGUGCUGGAACCUCUGUUCCUUAACUUUGAUGCUAACAAUCAUUGGCCCCUGGAAAAAGGUGUUGCCUACCCUGUGUUAAUAUAUUUGCAGUCGCUUUUGGAGGAAGCAGGAGAAAACUCACAUUUGCUGUUAGCUAACCUGGUCAAGCACUUGGAUCAUAGGAAUGUUGCCAAACAACCUCUUAUACAAAUUGAUAUUAUCAAUGUCACCACUCAGCUUGGACAAAGUGCAAAGCAAGAGGCCACAGUUUCCAUUGUUGGUGCAAUAUCUGACUUAAUUAAAAAUUUAAGGAAGUGCCUGCAAAAUUCAGCUGAAAUAUCUAAUGCUGGAAAUUGCAUUGAUAAGCAAAAUACUGAUCUUCAGUUUGCCAUAGAGAAAUGCAUCUUACAGCUAUCGAAUAAGGUGGGAGAUGUGGGUCCCAUACUUGAUAAAAUGGCUGUGUUUUUGGAGAAUAUUUCAACUACUACCCUUGUAGCUAGAACCACAGUAUCUGCUGUUUGUCAAACAGCACGGAUUCUUGCUUCAAUCCCUAACAUAUCAUAUAAGAAUAAGGCUUUUCCUGAUGCGCUGUUCCAUCAGUUGCUAAUUGCAAUGACCCAUCCAGAUCAUGAGACAAGAGUUGGAGCUCACAACGUCUUAUCUGUUGUGCUUAUGCCAUCCUUACUUUGUCUUUGGUCAGAUCAGAACAGUAAAACAUCAGAAGCUUUCUCUGAAUUUUUUGGUUCAUGGCGGAAGUCAAGGGGUAAAAGUUUCUCCUUUCAGGAUGAAGGGAAGGAUAAGGCAGAACCCAGGGAUGGAGGGUUGGGAGAGGGAAAAAGUCAGAUAUUGGAUGCUGAUGCUAAAAGAUUGAGAGAACGUGAUUCAAAUGAUCAUUCAAAUAGCUUCAAGGAUGCUAGCACACAUGGAAAAAGUAAGCAAACUUCUAUUAGAUUAAGUGGUCAUCAAGUCAGUCUUCUACUUUCAUCUAUAUGGAUCCAAGCAACAUCCCCAGAGAAUACGCUUUCAAAUUUUGAGGCUAUUGCGCACUCUUAUAACAUUGCUUUGCUGUUUACUCGAUCUAAGACUUCCAAUCACAUGGCUCUAGUUCGGUGUUUUCAGCUGGCAUUCUCUCUUAGGAGUUUCUCAGUGGAUCAAGACAGAGGUCUGCAACCGUCUCGCAGAAGGUCUCUCUUCACCUUGGCUUCAUACAUGCUUAUUUUCUCAGCAAAAGCAGGAAAACUUCCUGAGCUAAUUCCUUUAGUUAAAGCAUCUUUGACAGAAAAAACAGCUGAUCCUUAUCUUGAGUCUGUGGGCGACAUAAGGCUUGCAGAAUGUGACGCAGGGAAAAUAGUAUAUGGAUCAGAGGAAGAUGACGUUGCUGCAUUAAAAUCUCUCUCAGCGGUGGAACUAGAUGAUCAUCAUUUGAAGGAAACCGUGACAUCACAUUUCACAAGAAAAUUUGAAAAACUGACACAGGAUGAGUUAUCGGGAAUAAAGGCGCAGCUUCAUCAGGAUUUUUUUCCUGAUGAUGCAUACCCAUUGGGAGCUCCCUUGUUUAUGGACACGCCAAGGCCAAGUUCGCCUCUUGCCCAAAUGGAGUUUCAGGCUUUUGAAGAGAUCAUGCCUGCAGCUUCCACAGAUGACGAAAACCUCAUUGAAGCUAAUGGAAGUCAGUCAGAUCGCAAAACAUCACUUUCUACCAAUACACUAGACAUUUUAAGUGUUAAUGAACUGUUGGAAUCGGUCUUGGAAACUGCAAGGCAAGUUGCAAGCUCCCAGGUUUCAUCUACGCCUGUACCCUAUGACCAAAUGAAGAGUCAGUGCGAAGCUCUUGUCUCGGGCAAGCAACAAAAGAUGUCUAUGCUUCAUAGUUUCAAGAAUCAACAUGAAGCCAAGAUUUUUCCCACUGACACUGAAAAGAAAGGCACUUCAGAAUUGAAUGAGAUACUGGAGACUUCAGCAAGCCAAUCAAAGUCUAAUAACAACAAUCAAAGUAAAGCAACCGACCAGCUUGCCAUUUGCUCAGUCGAGUACGGACAAAAUUCCUUCAGGUUACCACCUUCGAGCCCCUAUGACAAAUUCUUGAAAGCAGCUGGAUGUUGAAGAUUCAUCAGUAAUUUACACCUAUCUCUGUCUAUAUUUUGUUCAUCUUCCAUUUCUUUUAUUUCUACGAGUUAUUUUCCACAUCUUCUUGCCUAUAUUCUUUUUCACGCAGAUUUUUAUUUUUUUCCCUAAUUUUAUUUUUACUAGCAUUAAUAGUAAAUUGUUAAUAAAGUUUGAUUAGAGGGGUCAGUUGUGCUGCCCAAAUGUAUAAUUGGGAGGGAUGAAGUGAGGUGAUCUUGUUUGGAAUUCGGGUUAUAGUCACACAAUUUUUAGGAAUUUUCGGCUGUUAAAUUUGUUGAUAGGUGUUCAUAUGAGUAUAAACAUGUACAACUUUGUAUCUAAAGAAGAAAACUUUUACUGGUUUGCUAUUA